AUGAAAUAGCUACCUGUCUGCUUCUUUUACGAAUGGUUUGUUAGAUGGAGGGAGCAAAAUGCCACAGGUAUGUUUAAACAGUUAAUAUUAAACUGCAGAAGAGGAACAGAGUAUUCCAUUGGGGGUUUCAGCGCUGGCUUCUAUCUGAUACUUUACCUCUCGGUAGUGAUGGGCAUUGUGUGAGAAAACACAGCAGGAUGCGUUUAGGUGGUGCACUGUGCAAGGGAACUAGAUAACCAUCUGUCUGUUUGUUGUACACUGUUGUGCUGUCCCUGGAGAAAUCCUUCCCAGUAGUCAAAGCACUUGCUUGUUUUUGACUCUGAAUGCUUAUUUCAUUUUAGGGUGUACUAUGACUGGCUUCAGGCUCCCCAUCACUGUGUUUAGAAAACUGAAUGUUUGGGUUGGACUGUGGGAGAAAUUCCCCUCUAAUAAACUCUUUCCCUCUUGGAGAAGAAGCAUUUUCUGUAGCUGUCAAGCAAGCACAAUAAACGACCGAAGAUGGUUUAGCUUUUCCCCAGUAAAACUCUGUGCACUAAGACUUUCUCCAGAGUAUGUCUCAGUACUCUCUCUGCGGAACAAAAGUAGCAAAAGCUCUAAGAGGAACAGACAAACUGUACAGGAGGAGGAGGAAGAAGAGGAGGAGGCAGAAGAACAAGAAAGUGAUUUGGAAGAUGAAUUGGAAAAUGACCCCAACGUAGUAAAAGAUUACAAAGAUCUUGAAAAAGUGGUGCAGUCUCUGCGAUAUGACGUGGUCAUGAAAGCUGGCUUAGACAUUGCAAGAAAUAAAGUAGAAGAUGCAUUCUACAAUAAUGAACUCAGGCUGAAUGGAGAAAAACUAUGGAAGAAAAGUAGAACUGUGAAAAUUGGUGACACGCUGGAUCUCUUAAUAGGUGAAGAUAAAGAAACAGGAACUGCUGUAGUGAUGCGGGUAGUCUUAAAAAAAGUAUCUAACAAGACUGAGAGUGAAAAAUACAGAGUAAUUUUAAGACGUUGGAAAAACUUGAAGGUGCCCAAACAGGAUGUACUGAAGUAGCAGGGGGUUGCAUGUGGCAGCAUAAAAUUUGUUUUGCAGAAAACCAUAUCGUUUGUUGUUAAAUACGAAUUUUGGUUAAACAAAAUGACAGUACCCUUUUUUAAGGGCUUGUGUUACAAAUAUCUCCCCCUGCUGUGUACAUCAGUGCUCCUGUGGUAAAUGCCUGUCACUUCUUGCAGUUAGUUUUGUUUCAUGAUACUGUGGGAUAAAAUAGUCUGCCCUCAUAUCUCCAGGCAGUUUCCUUACAGAUGUUAUAUAUAAUGACUCAAUAAAGACAAAUUUGAUCACUGUUUAA